AUGGCUGACCAGGAGCUCAAGCAGUUCCAGGAGGAGGUGGAGGCGGUCAAGCAGUGGUGGAAGAACCCCCGCUUCGCCAACACCACGCGACCCUACACCGCCGAGCAGGUGGUGUCUAAGCGCGGCACGCUCAAGCAGACCUACCCUUCCAACACGCAGGCGCAGAAGCUGUGGAAGACGCUCGAGGGCCAUGCCUCCAAGGGCACCACCUCGCACACCUACGGUGCUCUCGACCCCGUCCAGGUGACGCAGAUGGCCAAGCACCUCGAGACUGUCUACGUGUCGGGCUGGCAGUGCUCGUCGACCGCCUCGUCCACCAACGAGCCCGGCCCGGAUCUUGCCGACUACCCGUACAACACGGUGCCGCUCAAGGUGGAGCACCUGUUCAUGGCACAGCUCUUCCACGACCGCAAGCAGCGCGAGGAGCGCACCAACCUGUCGCCCGAGCAGCGCGCCAAGACGCCCGUCGUCGACUACCUGCGCCCCAUUGUCGCCGAUGCCGACACGGGUCACGGUGGUCUGACCGCCGUGAUGAAGCUCACCAAGCUCUUUGUCGAGAAGGGUGCGGCGGGUAUCCACAUUGAGGACCAGGCUCCCGGCACCAAGAAGUGCGGUCACAUGGCCGGUAAGGUGCUGGUGCCCAUCCAGGAGCACAUCAACCGUCUGGUGGCCAUCCGCCUGCAGUACGACAUUAUGGGCGUCGAGAACCUUGUCGUGGCACGUACCGACUCGGAGGCGGCUACGCUGAUCACGACCAACGUCGACGAGCGCGACCACGCCUUCAUUCUCGGCACCACCAACACGAGCCUCGAGCCUCUGGUCGACAUUCUCAACCGCGCCGAGGCCGAGGGCGCCGACGGUCCCAAGCUGAUCGCGCUCGAGGACGAGUGGCU